UGCGAGGGAGACAGAUGUCGCGUCACAGUCGGCGGCUACGCGCUCACGGGCGACGGCCGCAACUGCCGCGACGUGGACGAGUGCUCCGAGGAGCCGCACCCCUGCGGCCGCGAGGGCUCGCCGUCCUGCACCAACACUAACGGGGGAUAUGAAUGCUCGUGUGGAGAGGGCUGGCGUCUCGUGGGAAGACGCUGUGUGGACAGAGAUGAGUGCAAAGAGGUGCCGUAUGCCUGCGCCGGUGGCGAGUGCAGAAACUUUAACGGAGGAUACGUGUGCGACUGCCCCGUGGGCUGGCGCUUUGACAAAGCAGCUGCUCUGUGCGUAGAUGAACGCACUGAGAUGUGUUUCGACGAGUGGAGUGGCGGCCGCUGCCACCGCGCGCGCCCGCUGCGCCUCUCGCGACCCGAGUGCUGCUGCUCGGAAGGUGCUGCUUGGGGUACUUAUUGUGAGCGCUGUCCUGCACCGGAAUCUCCGGAAUUCCUGCGCAUCUGCCAAGGUGGCAUGGGACGUCCUAAUAUGACACAGGAUCUGGACGAAUGCAAAGUGCGUCCCGACGUGUGCCGCGGCGGUCGCUGCGUGAAUACUGACGGCUCUUUCCGCUGCGAGUGCGCCGACGGCUACAUUCUCGACGCGGCCGCGCUGACGUGCGUCGACGCCGACGAGUGCGCGCUCGACCCACGCAUUUGUGGCAACGGGACCUGCACCAACACUGAUGGCGGAUACCAGUGUACUUGCAACCUUGGCUUCACGGAGGGGCCUGAACACACAUGCGUGGACAUCGACGAGUGCGCAGAAGGCCGGGCCUCGUGCUCGUUCCGCUGCCACAACACGCUGGGCUCGUUCCGCUGCACGUGCCCGUACGGGUACACGGUGGCGGCCGACGGCGUGCACUGCCGCGACAUCGACGAGUGCGCCGCGCCCGACCCGCCCUGCCCGCACGCGUGCGAGAAUAUCGUCGGCUCGUACGUCUGCAAGUGUCCUGAAGGUUACCGGCGCACAUCAGCGCCUCACGACGCGCCCGACGCAUGCGAGGACAUCGACGAGUGCGCCGAGCGGCCGGAGCGCUGCUCGCCCGGCGUGUGCAUCAACACCGACGGCGGCUUCGCCUGCGACUGCGACGCCGGCUUCGAGCCCAGCGACGACGGGACGGCCUGCAUCGAUCAUCGAACGGGAAUGUGCCACCGCUCGCUGGUUUCCGGCCGUUGCACCCCAGAGCCGUGGCCCAGGAGGAUCGAGUCAUCUACGCCAGCACUACCUGCACACGUCACUAAGGCUCAAUGUUGCUGUACUGUCGGCGCGGCCUGGGGUCCUGAAUGCGAGCUGUGUCCCGCUCACGGAACUGCCGAGAGAGCUGAACUCUGCACGGUCACCAACCUCGGCGGAGGCGGCGGAGGCGGCGGCAGCGGCGGCGGCGGCGGCAGUUUCGGCGGCGGCUUCGGCGGCGGCAGCGACCACAAAAUCGGAGGCGGACACGGCGGAGGAGUCAUCGGAGGGGACGGCAGGUUCCCGGACAUAUUCGGAGACGUCGACGAGUGUGCGGCCAUGCCUGGACUCUGCGCUCCGGGCAGAUGUGUGAACACGAUUGGCAGUUUCCGCUGCGUAUGCGGCCGCGGCUACAAAUCAGCGGGCGAUGUUUGCGUGGACGUGGACGAGUGCGCACAGCGUCCCAAGCCGUGCGCACAGGUGUGCCGCAACACCGAAGGCUCGUACGAGUGCGCCUGCCGCGCCGGCUACGAACUUGAUGAUGACGCUGACUGCAAAGACGUGGACGAGUGUGCGCGCGGAACGCAUACCUGUCAGCAGACCUGUACUAAUACGGAUGGUUCUUAUGAGUGCUCCUGCCAGGAGGGAUAUGAGAAGCGAGGAGAUGCCUGCGUAGACGUGAACGAAUGCCACGAGGAGGGCAUAUGCCCGGCGCCGGGCAAGUGCGUGAACCUGCUGGGCUCGUACCGCUGCGUGUGCCCGCGCGGCUUCCGGCUGGACCUGGCCGGCGCGCGCUGCCUCGACCGCGACGAGUGCGAGGACGGCCGCUGCCAGUCGCCCUGCCGCAACUACGCCGGCGGCUACCGCUGCGAGUGCCCGGCCGGCUCCGUGCGCGGCGCGAGCGGCGCGUGCGUGCCGGUGGACGCGUGCGCGGCGGGCCCGUGCGGCGCCUCGCCGUGCUUCCCGGUGGCGGGCGCCUACCGCUGCGGCUGCCCCGCCGGCUACGGCUGGGACGCGGCGCACGGCGUGUGCCUGCAGUUGGCUGGCGGCUGCGCUACCGCCAGUUGCUUAUUCGGCUGCCAGUCUCUCGGCGACUCGUUCGAGUGCGGCUGCCCCACCGGCUACAGACUGGUCGGAGCUGGCCACUGUUUGACCGCACUGGAUGCGGCGUUACCUCCCGAUGACAUAGGAGACGCGCCGGUCUUCCCGCUCGGCAACCAGUACAAGGUUGGAGGGACGGGAAGCGACUUGGUAUCUAACGAAGGCUGCUUCAGCUGUAAGAUAAAUGGACGUAGACGAAGAGCACCCGAGGAAGCAUUAGUAUUCGCCAACGGCACCACAGUCGUAAGGAAACGCAGGAGACGCAGCAGACGGCGCCGCUCGCUGCUGGAGCCCGAAGCAGAGCUGAUCGUGAUCUCAGCGACGGCGCGCCAGACGUGGGGCCGCGCGCCGCUGCUGCGCCUCGUGCCCGCCGAGGGCAGUGCGCGUGCGCACUACCGCAUCGCGUAUGGGGACGACGACAAGGACUUCAUCCUCAACAAGCGCGACGGCGCGUGGGCACUACGGAUGCGCCGGCACCUCAAGUCAAACACAGAGUUAGAGCGACAGCUGGAAUUAGAAGCCCGCUUCGUCUACCCGCAGUCGAGGCCGCGUUCGCGCCGCGCCGCCCUCUCCCCGCUCGCUUCAUCCACCCCUCUCGCGCCCGCGCCGCUACGACUCUACGUCACAGUCCGAGUUGCGCCCGCGCCUUCGAAACGCUGAUACGGUAUCUGGUAUACGACACGACUUGUUUUGUGAAGCUGUGUAAGAAUGAAAACGUUGAUGUUUUUUGGAUUUUUGGAUGAAGGUAUUUUUACGUUGCUUCGUGACGUGGAGUAUACGAUAUUUUUGUGGAAUCACUGUAAUCUACGCAUUCCAUGUAGCAAUGUAAAUAUACCUUUUCAUCUUUCGUAAUUAGGAAAAGAUUUGUAGAGUGUUUUAUUCAUGUAUUAUUUUUGGAUAUUGUGGAGAUAUGUAAAUUGAGUUUCCCAGAAGAAAUAAGUAUAGCUAUGUAACUGUUAAUAAAAUUACAUCCAUAAUGAACGGAAUGAAAUUAAAGCGUCUUAAAACGUCUUAGUAAUUUCAGAGAAUACCGUUUCUCGAGUUGGUUAAUUAUGUUCUCUAAAUAUUGUUUUUUUACGUUUCCUAAUUACUAAUAACAUCUAUGUUCGUUUUGCGAUGUUCAUGUGAAAAACACAUUCUGGUAUUAAACCAUCAAAUGAUAUUUUUACAAACGAACUGUUCCUGGAACUUCCUGAAAUGGUUAUGAAAAUAGCUUCGUAAGUAUUCAAAACGAAACGCUCUACACUUCUCUUGGUAAUUUGAUAUAUUUUUCAAUUAUAGAGACGCACUUGUGAAGUCGAUAAAAUUAUCGAUAUGAAAAAAAAAAUUGUUUCAGAGUGUAAUAAUAUCUUGCUUUUUGCUGACAUAA